GCCGCUAGCCCGCCCGCCUCUUUCCCUCCCUCCCGCCAAGGCCGUCGAAGGCGCCCCCAGCGGCUGCUGCCCGCCAGCCCAGGCCUCGCCCCUCCGCCUCAGCAGAGACGGAACUCGCCGGGCUGGGCGGAGCGCCGAGGAGAAGGAGGAGGAGGAGGCCGAGCCAGGCCCGAGCUGCGCUGAGGCGAGACCCGGCGAGGAGGCGAAGGAGGAGCGGGCGGCGCCGCGGCGGAUCUCCCCCCUCGAGCCCUCUCGGCACACGCAAGAUGGCGGCCGUGGAGCUGGAGUGGGUGCCCGAGACGCUCUACAACACCGCCAUCUCGGCCGUGGUCGACAGCUACGGCCGGGCGCGCCGCAGGGACAUCCGCUCCUUGCCCGAGAACAUCCAGUUCGACGUCUACUACAAGCUUUACCAACAAGGACGACUAUGCCAAUUGGGUAGCGAAUUUUGUGAACUAGAGGUUUUUGCGAAGGUUCUUCGAGCUUUAGACAAAAGACAUCUGCUUCAUCACUGCUUUCAGGCCCUGAUGGAUCAUGGAGUGAAGGUGGCCUCCGUGUUGGCCUAUUCGUUCAGCCGGCGGUGCUCUUACAUAGCUGAAUCAGAUGCAGCUGUGAAGGAAAAGGCCAUCCAGAUUGGAUUUGUGUUAGGAGGGUUUCUCUCAGAUGCUGGCUGGUAUAGUGAUGCCGAGAAAGUCUUCCUUUCCUGCCUUCAGCUGUGUACCCUUCAUGACGAAAUGCUCCACUGGUUUCGUGCAGUGGAGUGUUGCGUGAGGUUGCUGCACGUUCGAAACGGCAACUGCAAAUACCAUUUGGGAGAAGAGACGUUCAAGUUAGCCCAGUCUUACAUGGACAAACUAGCAAAGCACGGCCAGCAAGCCAACAAAGCUGCCCUGUACGGGGAGCUCUGUGCUCUGCUGUUCGCAAAGAGCCAUUACGACGAGGCUUACAAGUGGUGUAUAGAAGCCAUGAAAGAGAUCACAGUCGGCUUGCCGGUGAAAGUAGUGGUGGACGUCUUACGGCAAGCUUCAAAGGCUUGUGUUGUAAAGCGCGAAUUUAAGAAAGCCGAGCAGCUGAUAAAACAUGCAGUGCACCUAGCCCGGGAACAUUUUGGAGCCAAGCACCCAAAAUAUUCAGACACACUACUAGACUAUGGGUUUUAUUUACUCAAUGUAGACAACAUAUGCCAGUCGGUUGCGAUUUACCAGACGGCGCUAGACAUCAGACAGUCGGUGUUUGGCGGCAAAAACAUCCACGUAGCCACCGCUCAUGAAGAUCUGGCAUACUCUUCUUACGUUCACCAGUACAGUUCGGGAAAGUUUGACAAUGCGCUUUUCCACGCAGAGCGUGCCAUUGGCAUCAUAACUCACAUUCUUCCUGAAGAUCAUCUUCUUCUGGCCUCUUCCAAGAGAGUUAAAGCACUGAUCUUGGAGGAGAUCGCAAUCGACUGCCACAACAAGGAAACGGAGCAGCGGUUGCUCCAAGAAGCCCAUGACUUGCACCUCUCCUCCCUCCAGCUUGCUAAAAAAGCCUUUGGGGAGUUCAACGUGCAGACGGCAAAACACUACGGUAACCUUGGAAGACUUUAUCAGUCAAUGAGGAAGUUUAAGGAAGCAGAAGAAAUGCACAUCAAGGCAAUUCAGAUCAAGGAGCAGCUUUUGGGCCAAGAGGAUUACGAAGUCGCUCUCUCCGUGGGACAUCUUGCCUCGCUUUACAACUAUGACAUGAACCAAUACGAAAACGCCGAAAAGCUUUACUUGAGAUCAAUAGCAAUUGGGAAGAAGCUUUUCGGGGAAGGUUACAGCGGACUAGAAUAUGACUACCGAGGCCUCAUUAAACUGUACAACUCCAUUGGCAAUUAUGAGAAAGUAUUUGAAUACCACAAUAUUUUGGCCAACUGGAACCGGUUGCGGGAUCGGCAGUUUUCGGUAACAGACGCCCUGGAGGACGUCAGCACCAGCCCUCAGUCCACCGAAGAAGUGGUCCAGUCUUUUCUGAUGUCGCAGACCAUCGAUGAACAGAUUUGCUAAGGAACUUGGUCGAUUUUACCAAUUGCUAAUUCCCCCCCCUGUCUCCCCUGUUUUCCCCAAAUUUACACGGGAAAUUCAUACUGUGAAAUCUGAAAACCAUGUAGUUUUUUUUUUUCUCGAGGAGGAGGCUGGAGUCGUAUUGAAACUGGUCCAGCCCAUAAAAAUCCCCCAGUUUGGGGUGAUCCCAACUUCGGCGGAGGGCCUGGAUAGACAGACAGACAGACGUGUGCUAAAAUUCUUACCAGCAUGUUUAUUUUCAGCUCACAUUUUCAACCUGAUAUUAAAAAAAGAGAGAAAGACA